GAGAAAGUGGAGAUAGGUGGUUCAUGCCAACCGUGCGUGCCCCGCCGUGCCGUGAAGUGGAUAACAGCUCGCGAGCCCGAGCUCCCCUCGCGCACCUUUCAAAGCGUGCGAGGAUGGCAUAGGGAGGUACUGUAUGUUAGGAAACUAGAGACAUACAGAAAGAGAGAGAUAGGAGGAACAGAUGGAGAGAGAGAGAGAGGGGGAUUGACAAACGGAGAGCAGCAAUAACAGGAAACACCGCGCGCAGGGCUUUGCUUUCCUACGGAGCGGAUGCAGAGCAGAAAGAAGGGCGCGAGAGGAGCGGCUGCAGACCGAUAAAACGGGAAGAGGAACAUUAGAAGAACCCCUCAGAACAAACCGGUUCUAACAGUCUCACGGAGAGGGAAGAGUCGGUUUCCGUGCGGGGGGGUUAUCCAAUUGAAAGAGAAGAGAAGGAUCCAUGGAUUCCCCCACUGAUCUGUUUGGUCGUCAGUCCUCCCUGAUCUCUCCUUUCGACCCGUACCUCAACCCCUCCACCGCACUUGACCUCCCCAGACACCUCACACCCUCUGGAAGGGGGCACGGUGCACCCUACCCCGGAGCCAACCCCUCCUCCCGACCCCCCUACCCCCUCAUCCACCACCUGCUGCAGCCUGGUGGAGCCCCCAUGAGGUCCAGGGGGCAAUUACACCUAGACCAAUAUCACAAGGAAGAGGAAGGGAUGGGUGGAGGGUUGGUAGGGGUGGCGGGGAAGAGGCUGAGUGGCGCCCUAGUGGCGGACUGGAGUUAUGACACGACGAGAGUGAAGAGAUUGAGACUGGAGAGUCUAGUCAAAGGAGAUGGAGAGAUAGGCUUAGAGGAGGAGAAAGGGAGGAGGAGUGUGCAGACGGGGGGGAGGGAGGGGAGGAGAAGGGAGAGAGAGGAGCUGAAGGAACAGUUGGAGGAAGCGAGAGGAAGACUGAAGGCCUUGCAGGAGAAGGUAUGGAAAGCAUUCGGACAGAGAUCCGCUCAGGAGGAGGAGCGGAGGAGGAGCGGAAGAGAGGAGGAGGAGGAUGAUGAUGGUGAUGGAGGCAUGGACGAAGAGGAGGAGGAGACGGCAGAAGGGAUCACUGAAGAAGACGUGGAAGAGGAAGAUCUCUCUCUUUCCUUCCUCCCCUCUACUCCCCCGUUCCAGGGCAUCGCUAAACGAGACCGAAAAGUCAGGGAUCACGAGAAACGAAGGAGUGAAGAACAGAGGAACGUGAACGGAGGAGGGGGGGUGUUUUUGGAGGGGGUUCUGGAGAGGGCGGCAGUGUGGAUGGGGUGUGGGGUAAUGAGAGGGGAGUUUGAGGGUUUUGGAGGGGGGCAGAAGUUUGCCCAAGCUUUGAAACAGGAACUGGGGAGUGCUGUAGCUCGAGUUAUCGAUAGGGUCCUCCGUCUAUACACCCAAAACGAACCUCUCCCUCCCUCCAUCCGUCCCUCCAUCUUGUCAUCUGGAGAGGGAGGGAACGAGGGAGGAGGCAGAGUGUGGGCAGCCCUGAGAGAGAGGGAGGAGAGGAGGGAGAGAGGACGGGGUGGGGGUUCAGUAACACACGACCAACCUCCCCACUCAAACGGAGCUCCCCCCACCCACCCCCACGCCCUCCAAGAACAAUCUGAAGCGUUGCCGUUGGUUACCCGUCGACCCGACAACCGCCGAAACCCACUUCUACCCCCCAACAACCACCCUAACAACCGCACUAAAAACACUCUCCUCCCUCCUCACCCCUUCCCCCCUCUCUGCCAGCCUCACCCCCCUCACCCCGCCCUCCUCCCCCCCUCCACUUGCCCUCUCCCCCUCCCCCUCCUUCACUACACCAUGCAACAGCUCUUCACCCGUUCUCUCUCUCACCUUCCUCCUCUCCACAAGGGGGGCGUUAUGAACCCUUUCCCCCCCUCCUCUCAGCACUCCUACCCUCCCCUCGCUGUGAUGGGGGGAUUGGAUCGUCUGGAUGGAGGGAUGCAACAUCAUCAUGAUAGAGAGAGGGAUGGAGGGAUGAGAGGAGGAGGAGGAAGGGAAGGAGGGAUGGAUUCUGGGAUGUAUCUUGGUCCGGGUUCAUCUCAGGAGGGUUUGUCUCCCUGUCAUCUGAAGAAAGCCAAACUGAUGUUCUUCUACGCUAGAUACCCCAGCUCUAACACGCUUAAGACUUAUUUCCCUGAUGUUAAGUUUAACCGCUGCGUGACCUCCCAGCUCAUCAAGUGGUUCAGUAACUUCCGGGAGUUCUUCUACAUCCAGAUGGAGCGCUUCGCCAGGCAGGCUGCCCACGAUGGCUUACCCAGGGACGGUGCCCCCUGCCUGGGGAGAGUUAGCAGAGAGACCCCCCUACGCCUGGGCCGGGACACUGAGCUCUAUCGCAUACUGAACAUGCAUUAUAACAAGAGCAACGACUACCAAGUUCCUGACAGGUUUGUGGAGAUUGCAGAGUUAGCACUGAGAGAGUUCUACACAGCGAUACAGACUGGGAGAGAUAGUGACCCCUGCUGGAAGAAAUCCAUCUACAAGAUUAUCUGUAAACUAGAUAGCCCUGUUCCCGAUGGUUUUAGGCUGCCUGGCUGUCCAAUGGGCUGAAGAGUGAGGACACACACACACACACACACACACACACACACACACACUGCAUCGUAUGGGACAUCCAUGCACACACACACACACACACACACACACACACACUGUAACGGAUGCAGGAACACACACAAUGAGCUGACAAAUAAUAUUAAAAUAUAAAUACACACAUUGGACUAAUUGUAAACGUGUUCUAAUGGAGAGGUACACACAUGCUCUACUGUUACUAGCUACUGCACAAUGUGUUCUGCCCUGAAUCUCUCUGCCUUUGGUUGUUGGUUGCUACAGUUCGCUUGCCCUUAUAGGCUUUGUUACUCAAUACCAGAUCUGGGUUCAAAUAGUAUUUGGCAUUUGUUUUUAGCACGCCUGGAGUGUCAGACUUCUAUUAGUGCCAUUUCAACUGGUAAGCUCAAUAAAGCACAGAAAGUAUUUUAAAUGAUUUCAAAUAGCAUUUGAACCCAUAGAGAUGGAAAGAGGUCUCGUCUUUGUAUCUGUGCCAUUAUGGUGUCUGUGACAGCGUGGGCAGCGCCAUUGAGGCCAUCUCCAUUUUAAGCUAAUAUGUGUGAUUUAGCACCACCUGCAGUGCUGGAGUCCUGAAGCAAAUCAUGUGGGUCAUUCAUUUAUUGUGGCCACAAGAUUUUACAUAUACAUUUUACAUGGCGGUGAUAUAGAUUAAAGUCAUUUACAAACCACGGCACCCAAUUUUGAAAAAGAAGACAAUUGUCUGGUCAUUGGCUGAUUGUUCCCAACCAAUUAGAAUCCACACCCAGUUGACUACCUUAAAAUGGUGGAAACCCUCGCUGGCAACGUCCAUGCUAAAACAGGUUAUAUCCAAGUUGAGUCCUAUAACUAUUGUGGUCCUCUGUAGCUCAGCUGGUAGAGCACGGCGCUUGUAACGCCUGGGUAGUGGGUUCGAUCCCCGGGACCACCCAUACGUAAAAAUGUAUGAGCACAUGACUGUAAGUCGCUUUGGAUAAAAGCGUCUGCUAAAUGGCAUAUUAAGCGUCUGCUAAAUGGCAUAUUAUUAAAUAACUAUCUCUGUUUGAACCCAGGUCUGUUCAAUACUGUCAGUCCAAAACCAUAAAGAUAUCUGGAUAUGGCGCUAUGGUCGUAUUCUUCUAUACAUGAAUCCAUAAUAUUAAAUACGCUUUUUGUUUACUUGUUUACUAUAAUGUUGUUGUUGUUGUUGUUGUUGUUAAGAGUAAGAUACAUAAACAUAUAUAUGUGUGUUUAUGAUCUCUGUAUGUCUUUGGAAAUGUAUAUGAAAAUGUCAAAAUCUGUGAUGCGCAUUCCAGCGUUUUUAACAUAAAGAGAAAUACUGGAA